CCUAGACAAUAUUAUUAUUAGUGCCGUAGUCGGCGGGUCACAGCAAGUCUGGAUCAUCAUGGCGUCUGUAGCGGCUCUCAAUCAUUCCACUGUCAACUCCUCCCAUUUGGCUUCUCUUAAGCCAAAUUGGAUGAAUAAUGAAGUCCUGACAGGUACAUCCAUCAUGGCUGCCGAAUUUGACGGAGGUGUUGUUGUGGGUGCCGACUCCCGUACUUCCAUGGGAACCUACGUUUCCAAUCGUGUAACGGAUAAAUUGACACGUGUAACGGACAGAAUUUACUGCUGCCGGUCGGGCUCGGCUGCAGAUACCCAGGCUAUUGCUGACAUCGUAUCAUCACACAUGGAAAUUUUGGAGGUGAAGCUAGGGGAUCCUCCACUGGUCCAAGUAGCAGCUAACACAUUUAAAGAGAUCUGCUACAACUACCGUGACCAGCUCAUGGCAGGAAUCAUAGUUGCUGGAUGGGAUAAGGCCAAAGGUGGUCAGGUGUAUACAAUACCUUUAGGAGGGAUGAUGGUUCGACAGCCAAUAGCUAUUGGAGGGUCUGGCAGCACCUACGUGUGGGGCCAUAUAGAUGCUGCCUUCACACCGAACAUGAAUCAAGAAGAAACUGUGGCAUUUGUCAAAAAGACAUUGACUCUGGCCUUGACCCGUGAUGGCAGCAGUGGAGGUGUAGUACGUGUUGCCAUCAUCACCAAGGAUGGAGUCGAGAGAAGAGUAUUCCUCCACAAUGAGCUGCCUGAGUUUUAUCAGGGCUAGUGGAGAGGCUUCAUUGGACAAAUUCACUGCAUUGUAAUGCAUUAUAUAAAUGGUUGGCAUGUUGGCGUUACUGCUGUAAAAUAAAAAUAUCAUCAUAGUUACAACAAAUCCUAGAAAGGAUCCUCAGUGUGAAGUUAUUAUAUUUUAAUUUUUUUUUUUUUUAAGGAUUGUUUAAUGUAUUUUGUACUGUGUUUUUCUUUUCAACUAUUUUGAAUUAAUGGGGAAAAAAUAAAAAAUUCAUAAUG